UUUCAAAUGAACUUUUUUAUCUAGCUGGCAACACUGUUAAUAUGUGAGUGACAUGACGUGAAGUCAGGAACAUGAAGACUUUUGAAUAAUUUGAAUUUGCAAAACUAAAAACUUGUCCGUUGAUAGAAUAAAAGUUGUGUUUUCUUAAACAAAUUCAAGAUCUUCUAGUACCUCUAGUUUUAAUAGUAGCUUGUAAAUGCCAGGAGAAUUUGAUCACGAACCUGUUCAAUCAGAAGAUGAGUUUGAUACGCAAUUGCUGUGUCCAGAUGUCAUUAUCGAAGAAAAGAAUGGUUCCAUCGUUACAACUAAUGACGAUAAUGCUGAAAGUGUUGGUUCACCUUUAGACUACAACAUAAUGGGAAUUAAAGCACGGUUUAAUUUAAAUAUUAGAGAGGAACUACUCAGAUGCGAGAUUUAUAAACCUAGCUACCCCAUACAAAAAAGCCGUCUUCAUUGCACCGCGUGCAAUACUCAUUUAGGCAGCGCUCUAAACUGUGCAAAUAACGUAUUUGUGCACCCCCUAUUAGCCGUGCUAGUAUGCAAUGAAUGUUUCGAGUACUAUACGGCAGGCGGUUUCGAAAAAGACGACGAUGGCGCUGAAAUGUAUUGCAGAUGGUGUGGUCAAGGUGGGCAAGUCUUUUGCUGCAGCAAGUGCCCCAUGGUUUUUUGCAAGCUUUGUGUCAGAAUCAAUUUCACGACAGUACAAUACAGCGCUAUUCGAGAUAGCGACUAUUGGGAGUGUUUCUCUUGCAACCCUUCGCAAAUUAUGCACUUGAAAGUGCAAUGCUACGAAUUUGUCAAGUACGUCACCAGCGAGACAGUACGGAUAAAAAACGGACCACAAUCUGAAUUCUACAUGAGCAUCGAUUAUUCCCAAUGCUGCCUCAAUGCCAGCCGAAAGAAAAGAUCAAAAAGACAGGACCCUGAUUUUGUACCAUACGUCGAAGGUGCCGUUGACAAAAUUAAAAGAUCCAAGUUACAGAAACGAGAAGACAUACCUCAGUGCAUAGUGAAGAAUUUAGUAGAACCUGCAGAUGCUCAAAACUAUUUAAAUAUGUUAACACCACCGAUCAUUAAUGGUCCUAAGAUUACUAGCACCCCGAGUACCACCUACCAAGUCCCAAUCCCAAUCCCGAAACCAAAAGAAAACCUUCCCAUGCCUGCUGUAUACACUACUCCCACUUCUCACUAUUCCACACCACCAUUACUACAAAACCUUAACAUAGCAAACUACCAAUACUGCAAUCAAAACGUUCCAAAAACAAUACCAGUUACAUCUUCUACUCCAACCAUAAGACCGAUACUACCAAAAACCUCGCCACACAUGAGUUUACAUUUUCCCCAAAACCAACUCAGAUUCCCACCACCGAUAUACACAAUCAGACCACCUUUACCCCCGCUAUCGACGUCUAUAAACCGACCGCCGUUAUUUAGAAACACCGCCGAUGGUAGCACCUCUAACGAUACCUCCUCUAGGAUGAUGUCGACGUCCGAGUUUCGUCAAUUAAUCGUAAAAAACUCGCGCGAAAUGGAUAAACAUCUUCUGUCAGUCGCCCUGGCCAAUUCAACGUUCGCAUCCACCUUACUUAAAAUACAUCAGAUUUUCAACGAGGCGAAUAACAUCGAAGAUGUGGUGGUCGUGUACGAUACGAUGCAGAAAUCUUUGAAGAUGAUGACGGAAUCGCUAAUGGACGUCAAAAUUCGUAUCAACGUUGGAUCGAGAGGUGGUGGAGUUCAUCGCGAUGGUACCGGAGGAAAUAGUGCGUGCGAUGUUGGAAAUCAGACUCAAGGUCAUUCAAGAUUGCCCGUAAUAAAAAUGUCGUCUGGUUUGCCGCCGUCGAAUUAUAUUCCGAAGUAAUUUAGUUUU